AUGAUUUCUGUACAAGAGGAUGAGAAAUUCUAUGUUUAUUCUAGCGAUGCAGGGCAGAGUGCAUCCAAUAACAAAUUAAUCCUCUCGCCGGGGAUUCCCAUUGACAAGUUUGUCUCUUCAUUAAAAGGCAAGGUCGUUAUUCUGAAAAAUCAACCUAAAGAGCCUGUAUACACACCACUUGACGACUCAGAUCUAUGGAAGGAAUGGAUGGGUCGAUUUGACACAAAUGCAACACUUAAUCUUAUGCUUGACUCUAAUCUGAAGGCAUUGCAAAGCUUCCUAUUCAGCUUUGAGACGCCAUGGGGAACGUUGAGCUUCGAUUCUUCCAGCCAAUAUCUCCAGUCUGCAUUUGAAAAAGGGGUAGCCGACACGAUUGGUCCCCCGGGGGCUGCAAUAGAUGGAACCUCCCCCAUCCUCUAUAAUGGGCUCGUCGCCCCGAAAUCUCCAUAUACCCCGACAGUGGAAGCCCUGUUUACUUUUGUCGGAUUGUCCGAUAUGAUAGCGACGCUGCCCCCGUUUGUGCCGCAACUAGAGGUGUCCCUCGAUGCAUCCAACUAUGUCCAAGGACGAAAUGCUAUGUGGUUCAAUCCUAGACUAGGCUAUCAAACAACCAUCCGAUUACAGUUUCAGCUCAAGGAUGGCAAGGCUUUAGAGCAACUCUUUCAGCAAGCCCUUCCAGGGAUUACAAUUAGUGCACCCAAAGUGAUCUGCAAGAAGAUUUUGACUGAGGGGCAAACAGUGGAUGGAGCAGUCAGUAUCGACCAAGGAAGCGUCUCAUUCCAAGCGACAUGUACGGUGUCGGCCAAAAGUGGAAAUCCUCUUACAGCAUUGACAGCAGGAAUCGAGUUCGAUGAGGCAGGAAUCACCCUAACACUCAAACUUAGUAAAGGCAUUUUGGAUGCUCUUCUCCAGUGGCUCGGUGAGCUGAUUGGCGUCAAACCUGACUCUGUGAAAGGCAUUUUCGGAGGGCAAGGGGAUCGGACAUUUCAGGGCCUCAAUGUCCAGCAAGUAGUCUUCAGGCUCGAAAAGACGGCAGAUCUCAAUUCCUAUCAAUUGGCCAGUGCUCGAGUGGAUAUGGAAGUCGCCGGUGACUUUGGUAAGAUAGAUGGAAAAAAGCCGGUCUUCCUGGCAUCGUACAUUUGGACUCGUGAGAUAGGGGGUCUGGGUAACAUUCGAGGCGAACUAUGGAAUUCCUACGAUAUUUCUAAACAGCGAGUUUUGCAACCCAGAUAUGAACUAUGGACCGACUUGGUCCCCUUCACGAAGAAUCCAGGGACGGAAAUUAAUUUAGAAACCCUUAUACCGGGGGUCCAAGUAGAUAUUCCCCAAAACAUCCCUUCCAAGGUAUCACGAGCACUACUCGUUCUCUCGAGUAACCAUGUCGCUUUUGGUGCCACUGUCGUUGCAGUCAAAAAUGCGAGUCCCGGGCAAGUUCCACAGCCGUACCUUGGGGAGUUAGGUUUGGAUGUGUCUUAUACGCGAGGAAAGCAGGAGAAGGAGUUUUUGUUCCAGUUUGAGGUUAUGGCUGGCAUUCAACCAGGUAAAGGGUCCAGCCAUCCAGAAGAUGAUGCUACAUUAAUCGGUGAUUUCACCUAUACUCGUGUCAAUUGA